CAUCUCGCUCAAUGGCCGUGACGAUAUUUUUUUCAUUCUAGUGACAAAGAACUUUUUGUGUAUCUACAAGCAAGAAUAUAUUUAAUUUGUUAAGAUAGAUUAUACGUAAAUUUAAAUAAAAUAGUUGAAAGUUAACAAGCCUACAUCCCCGAUCGUUUGACCUAAAGUGUGUUGGACGUGAAAUCAAAAUGUCAACUCCAGCUAGAAGACGCCUGAUGAGGGAUUUCAAACGCUUGCAAGAGGACCCACCUACUGGAGUCUCUGGUGCACCAACAGACAAUAACAUUAUGAUCUGGAACGCUGUGAUAUUUGGCCCACAUGAUACUCCAUUUGAAGAUGGAACAUUCAAACUCACUAUAGAAUUUACAGAAGAAUAUCCCAACAAACCCCCAACAGUGCGGUUUGUCUCCAAAAUGUUCCAUCCAAAUGUUUACGCUGAUGGAGGAAUCUGCUUAGACAUCUUGCAAAAUAGGUGGAGCCCCACAUAUGAUGUCUCUGCCAUUCUUACUUCUAUACAGUCAUUAUUAAGUGAUCCAAACCCCAACUCGCCAGCGAACUCGAUGGCCGCGCAACUUUACAAAGAAAAUCGUCGGGAAUACGAGAAACGGGUGAAAGCGUGUGUCGAACAGUCGUUUAUUGAUUAGCGGGGGCCUGGUGGGCUCUUCAACAUCAGUGAUGUCAAGAUUUACCUGCCUACCCGUGGCCGCUAUCGCCAUGUACAUUCAUUGGGACAUUCUGUGUAAAUUACAAAAAAGAAAACCAUAAGUAUACCAUCAAAUAAUUAAUUUAUUAUUGCUGUGGUUUUAAAAGUACGCAAAUUGUUUUGUAAUCAUAUUACACUUAGGAACAUCAAAAAUAUACACCAAUAAUAAUUAUAACGUAAUUUGUAUGUUUAGAAUGCUAGAAACUUAAUGUUAUUGUCAGUAAAUUAUAGUGUUCCAGUGUAUCCCAAACCAUUGAUGAAAAAUGUAAUCUUUAGGUAAAUUUAUGUUGAGUUUUUAGCAUUAACAUUGCCUUAAAAUUAUACAUAUUGUAAUGCCCAAAAUUUUGUACUAACUAAAGCCAAACAAUAAGUAUUACUUUUAUCUGUUUUGCUAGUACCUCACACACCAUACUUCAUAUUGUAUAAAACUUACUUAUUAGCUUAUUAUCAAAAAUAUAUAUUCAUUCACACUAACUAAUAAUAGUCUAGAAAAUAGGCUUCAUAUAAGAAAAUACCAACUGUAACGUCAUUCGAAUAUGUAACUUUUUACGAGAAAAGUGUUGUAUUGAAUGAUGUUAAAGUAGGUAAUGUAUGUUUGGUUAGAAAGCAAAAUUGUUUAAUCACAUUUAUGUAUGUAUUGUUUGUAAAAUUUAUUUACGCUUUCAUCCAAUUAGUCGUAUCUCUAAGUAACAAUGUUUACCUUGAAGAGUACAAGUAUUUGAAAUAUUUAUUACCUGUGUAUUGGAUAUUUAGAAUUAAAAUUAUAUCGCCAUUGGUCUUAAGCUGGCGCACAAAAUAUGCUUGUUAGCAGUUGUACCCACGAGGCACGUCCCAAUGAAUCGCAUCAGUACUGUGUGUAGAUUUCAGGUUUUCUAUAACUAAUGGUUGAAAUGUCUUAAGUAUGUGUUCUAAGGACAUUACAUAUGUGUAAUAUUUGUCUUCUAGUAAAAUAUUAUUUUCGGUUUUA